GUACGCACGCGCGCCAAAUGCGGAACCUCAGACGAUUGGAGAAUGUGCCCAGGGGUUUUAGCUAAAAGGGGCUGUUAAGGAUGUGCUGUAAUUGUAGACAGUGAAGGUGUAAAUGUAAGAAAUUGUAACUUUAAGGAGUAUUAGUAUUAUUAGGCAAAGCCGGUCUUAUCCCUUUUACGUCUGGAAAUUGCGCAGGACAAAAAUGAAGAGCUGCCAUGAGUUUUAUCUUGUCUACACCUUGUCUCUCCUCUUUGGUCUAACUUGUAUAAUAAUUGUGACUACUUGGAGUAAGGGCUACAGGGGAGGCUUUGCCUGGGAUGGCUCAGUGAAGAUGUUUAAUUGGCAUCCUGUCUGCAUGGUGACUGGGCUUGUUGUCCUUUAUGGAAAUGCUAUUCUGGUAUACAGAUUUCCUUUCACCUGGUCCAGCAGCAAGUUCAUCCUAAAAUUAGUUCAUGCUACAUUGAACCUUGGUGCAUUGUCUCUAGCCAUUAUUGGAUUAGUGGCAGCAUUUGGGUUCCACAAUAAGAUGCACAUCCCCAACUUGUAUUCUAUACACAGCUGGGUAGGAUUUGCAGCUAUCCUUCUUUUUGGCUUUCAGUGGUUGCUGGGAUUCCUGGCCUUUUUACUCCCCUGCACACCCCUCUGGCUUCGAGCUGCUUACAAAGAUCUGCAUGUCUUCUUUGGACUUGGUAUCUUAGUAAUGGCCAUUGCUGCUUCUGUGUCAGGAAUUAAUGAAAAGUUGAUAUUUGUGCUCAAUGUUCCAAACUCAACUGGUCCCUACAAGAAUCUUCCACCUGAGGCAUGUCUGGCCAAUGUUUUGGGAAUGAUGCUGUUGUGUUUCUCACUUACAAUAGCCUGGAUGCUCCUUAAGCACAAAUGGCAGCGUCCAAAUGCAUGUGAAACUGUAAUCAGCGAUGCAACAGAGCCACUUCUGACUGAAAACUAAAUGAUGAAUAGCUGAAGCUUUUUGGAUGCAGUUGAAGCCAGCUGAGAUCUGUAUAGUGUUACUAUUCUGUAUGGAAUUAGUGACUCAUCAACAAUGGUCUUAUCCCUACAUCAAUGAGUUCUUCAAGUAACCUUCGCAUUAUUUUGUCAAGUCUAAAAGCAGACAGGAUCUAAACUGAAUUAUGAAUUUUUUUUUAAAAAAGGUAGAAUGGACCUCCUUUUGUAUCUGCUUUACACUUGUUAGAUUUCAGCCAGUCUGUUCACAGGAUGGACUGCAUAAGUAACCAACUUUAAUUAAACAUUGUCGCACUUUACAUUAGAAGCCAGCAACUCCACUAGCAUGAUUAGUGCAAUUAGGAAACUUCAACCCAUUUUGAACAUUUUGGGGGAAGAGGGAGAAAGAGUUCUAACUUAAAAUUUGACUAGUCAUCAUUUGAAGCAGAUUUCUAUAUGGCUUUCCAAAUAAAGAGAAUGUGUUUUUGUUUUAUUUUCUGGAAUAUUGACAUGCACUUGCUUCAGAGUAAUUCCUCUUUGUUAAGGAAAGAGGAACUCAUUGAUUGAGUAGGAUGUAACUGGGCGAAAAGAAAUGCACCUUGUCACAUGCUAGGACUUAGAUUGUAAGCCUCAGCUUUUAAAUUCAGCACCACAAUGCUGAUGAUUACUUUACUUGCAUUUUGAGACUAAGCUUGAAUCCAGCCUAGAUUGUUGGAAGCUUCUCCAUGAUGCCAAAAUUUCAAAAUCAAGAGCCAUAAACAAUCUAAUGCCCAAAGCUUGGAUAUGACUACAGUCUGAAAAAGUUUGCACAAGAUUGGCACUUGAGAGAUAAUAUUACUGAUUUCUGCCAGCAGUUUAAUUUUUAUUUUUACUCACUGCAGCUGCAAAAGCUUUAUUAUAUAUGUGCACUUGACAAGAUUUUUUUUCUGUCAACAACUUAUUAACUUUAAAACAUCCUGUUCCUGGAAUGCAUGACUUUUGUGAGAAGGAAGAAAAUGAACUAAAUUAACUCUUAUAUUUUUUUAAAAUAAUCACUAAAGCUGGAGUUAAAUACACUUAAGAAUUCUUGAUGUCUUUGUCUUUGUCAUUCAUAUAUACUGUUGACCUUCAAUAAAUGUAGAUUUGGUUGAA